AUUUAAAACACAUAACACAGUGAGCAUCUACACAAUAGAAAACGAACCUUUUCAAAAUGGAUCCAAAGAAGAAGGGUGAAUUAUUAGCCCCAACUUUUGACAAACUUCAAAAGUUUUCUGAAAUGAUUACAGCUGCCCUAUUCACAGCUCCAAUUCAUUGUCAGAUAUAUAAACAAAAACUUAGACAAGCUGCUGAGGUGGAGAGAACAGUCGAGUCUGAGAAUCAGGUACAAUUGGUUUCUGCCUCCUCACCAACACCAACCACUAAUCUUUUAUCGACACCAUCAGGUUUAUCAGGUGGAAGUGUGAGUUCUCCAGUGUUGGCUGGUACCUCUCCAUUGAUUGUUGGUGUUUCCACGUUGAAUAUUACUAGUGGUGAUGAUGGUGCUUCUUCUAAUAAUAAUUCGGCAACAUCACCUUCAUCUUCAUCUUCUACAACAACAACAAAUAAUUUGCAACCUUCUACAACAACAACAUCAGCAUCAGCAUCAACAACAACAGAAGUUGUAGCAAAUAGUGAUGAAAAGUUAGUUGAGAAUAGUUUGAAUGGUGGUACCACCACAGUAGAGGCCUCUGCAACAACAACUCCUUCUAUUACUACUACAACAACAACAACAACAACAGCAGCAAAUAUUGUUGAAGAAGAAGAAGAUAAAUUUGAGGCUAGAAAAAUUGAGGUCGAAGUUGAUUGGGAGAGUUUUAACGAAUUGUUUAAUACAUUGUUUAAUGAGGGAGCUCCUGAGGUGAUUGAUACAAUUUUGAAUUCAUUCCUUUCAAAGUCUUGUGCUGCCUCUCUGAUUGGUACUUUAAUAUCACAAUACUGUAAACCACCACAAAAUCAUAAUGAAAAAUCAAAACACGUAUAUAUUAGAGAUUUUCUUCAACAAAACUUGAAAAAGUACGUGAUUAAAUACAGUGAUGAUCCACGUGAUGUUGGAUAUUAUAAAGAUGGUGUUAUUGUUGAUGUGGUUGAAAUUGAAGUUACUCAAGAUGAAACUAUUCAAUGGAUAUUUAGAGAUAUAACUAAAAACCUUGACAGAUGUACAGAUAUUCAACAAUUUAUCAUUGAAAAGUAUUAUAUUCCAGAGUUUGAGAGAAGAAUUUUGAAUGAAUUUUUGCAUCCACUCAAAUUACAAGUGAAUUGGGAUCACAUGAAAUAUGCUGCCUUUGAUUAUCCACGUGCAGUUGAGAGAAUUUACAAGGAACAAUCACAAUGUGUUCUAGAACAAGUUUAUUUAGCAAUGAGUGAUAUUUGUGCAUAUGAGGAGGAUGAUCUAGUUGAUGCUCUUUCACUUGGUUUAACAACAAUUGCUAUUACUCUUCAACCAAGUCCACACUCUGGCACAGGAGAAAGACCAAAGAAGGAUUUUGACAUUCAUGAAGCAACUAGAACACUUACAUUACGUUUGGUUUUAGAAGGACAUGAUAUGAAUGGCAUGUUCUUUAGAGAUGAAUUAAAGCCAAUUAUCAAAUUGGCUGGUUUGUACAGUACAGAUAUUACACCACUUUUCAAAUUUGAAAUUUUAGCUUCUGCAGCUCAAUUGUAUAAAGUACGCGAAUAUGCUGAUUUGAGUGGUAUGAAGAGAUUACUUUCUAGACCAGAUUUGAAUUGGUGGACUCCAACUGAAGUUGAAAAAUCAAUCAUUGAUAAGGCACGUGUCUUUAUCAAUGAAAAUAUUCGUAGACGUGACUCAAAGAAGAGUGGUUCACAACAUUCCAACGAUGAAAAUAUCAUGAAUAAUUAUGAAGAUGAUGGUAUGGGAGAGGAUGAAGGUUAUGAUGACGAUGAAAAUAUGAAUAAUCCAUAUCAUGAAGAAAUUAUUAAGGGAUGGCAUGUUAUCAAAGUUAACAAACAUCAAAUCAAUCAAGAUCGUUAUUUAAUUUUGACUGACAAGGCAUAUUGGACAUUAAAAUAUGAUGCCAAGACAGGUUUUGAUCCAAAACACUUCAAGAGACACGAUAUUUGCAAUUUCUAUUUCACAGAACAAGGUGAUAUUGAAAAUACAAAGAAUGGUGCCAUUCAAGCUCUUAAAGUUUACUUGCAUGAAAAGAGAAAGAAGGGCAUGAUUUCUGCUGAAGAAUCUGCUGCCAUUGUAGGCAAUGGAAGAAAGGGUUCUAUCAGUGUUCGUGCCUCUAUGAAGUUUACAACCUCUGCUGCAGGUCAACAAUUUGCCUUCUUGCAAACAUUGAGUUAUCAAUUAUUGCAGGACAGUGGCAUUCCUAGAACUCGUGUGAAAAAGAAGAAGGCCGAAAGAGCACGACCAGAAAGAAAUAAGGAUGUAACUGAAUAUGCUAGUUUAUUCUUACCUCACAGUGAGGAAAAGGAGUUUGAUGUUGAGGAUAUUAAGAGUAUUCUGACGGAAAUUUCUUGGUGUUUGUUUGCUGUUGCCAAUGCAAACUCUAAGAGAAUUCACCCUAACUAUAAGGUCAUCGAGCCAUUCUUCUCAAUCAAAGAUUUUACAGUUCCAAAAUCAAAGUGGUUCUCUCCAUUUGUUAACAUGUUUAAGAGUCCUAAGAAAACAUCAACAACAACUACCACCAAGGAGAAGAAGAUUGCCCGUAAGGAUCACGGAAAAUCUGGACAUACUGAUCCAACAAAAGAAGAUGAAGAAGAAGGACAAACUUCAACAACUUCUGGAGAAUUCGUCACAAAGAAACAACCACUUCCAGUUGACAAACAACAACAUACCAAACCAAUUCUUAAAAUCAGACAAGAAGAACAAAGAAUUAGUUUCAAUCCAAACUUUAGAGCACCAGCAACUACAGGUUACACACCGACUGGUGUCAUUAUCACUAAGGAGGAUGAGGAAAAAGGUCAAAGCCGAAGAAUUACCUUCAAGGCAACAGCUAGAGUAUUCUACACUGGUAAUGAAGAAGAUCAAAAUACUGGUUUCUAUGCUGUAGAGGAAGAUUUAAUUGACGAAGAAGUAGAUGAGGUUCAAUAAUCAUUUUGUAAUUAUUAAAUUUUAGGACAAAUUCAAAUCCAAAUAUAUUGAAUAUAGCACUCAUUGUACGUGCCAUUAUUGUUGUCUACUGUAAUAGAUGACACACCUUGUGAGUGCACGUUGUAAAGUAUGAUCCCAACAGACAACCCUCCUCUACAAAAAUUAAAAAGAAUUCCAAUCAAGUUAUGAUUCAAAUAAAAUACAAAUUAUUU